AUGGGAAGGUGCAGUCAGGUCUUCCUGCGAGUCUGGAAAACCGCGUUAACAUUGACGAGGUACUCGUCCCUCUCAGCUAUCCAUCGAGGGCUGCGCGAGUCAGAAAAAGCCAGACCCCAAGGCUUCCAAGCCGGCGCUUUGAAAACGGAAGACUCCAGUCGAAUCACGAGCGCAAAAAGAGGCCCUUCGCGGAGCCGACGGGGCCAGGAUGAUUGGGCAAAGCCGGACUACAAGAUCAAGAGGGGCAAAAAGGACAUCACCGACCAGGGACCGCAACCGAAGUCGAGAAAGGCGCGUUUCCACGAUCCGACCGAGGGCUUUGGGAAGAAAAGCCUGGUCUACCAGCUGAAGCAUGGAGCGUUACGGGACCAAUUGGCUUCAAUGACGACCGACGAAACAUCCGGCGGUGAUUCACGACCUUCGAGAGGACGAGGACAUGGAGACAGGUUUGAUCAAGGAGGGUUUGAAUCCCGUCGAAGUGAAACAUCAUCAGUUGGUGAACGAGACUCUGGUCGAACAGGAGACUUUGAGCCCCGUCGUAGUGAGCGCUUUGGCUCGGACAGAUUCCGCGGUAGUCGAGAUGCUCGACCUGAGGGUCAGGCCCGGGAGGACCGAUAUUUCCAACCCAGGGAGGACAACCCCACACGUGAACGAUUCCCACCAGAAGGUGAAAAGAGCGAUUACUCAUUCCGCAAGAGCCCCCCAAGAGACGAUAUGCCCAUUCGUAUACACCACACAACCGCUGCGUCUCAGUUUUUGUACGGGCGAUCUGUAGUCGAAGCUGCGCUCAAGAACUCGCGCCGACAGCUCUAUCGGUUGUACGUUUACAGCGGCGAGGACCGCCAGAAUCUCGCUCAAGAUGCGCAUCUUGAAAGACUCGCUUCGCAAAAAGAUGUCGAGAUCACUAAGGUCGCAGACCAAAAUGGUCUUCGAAUGAUGGACAAGAUGAGUGGCGGCCGACCCCACAAUGGCUGCAUCCUUGAAGCAUCUCCUUUGCCCCAGCUGCCUCUCAAGGGGCUGGGCGCCAUGUCAGAAGACCCUGCCAAGCCAGGAUUCAGCAUCGAGCUGACCCAUCAGUCCGUCGAAGAUGCGUUGGUCAAUGGCACAUCCGAUUUCAUCAGCUACCGGACUCGGGGCGAGCAGAAACCUUUCAUACUACUCCUGGAUGGGAUCCUCGAUCCUGGCAACCUUGGAGCUAUUCUACGUACAGCCGCUUUCUUGGGAAUCACGGGUGUUGUCAUCACGAAGCACAGCUCUGCCACGCUAAGCCCCGUAGCCCUGAAAGCGUCUGCGGCGGCGUCGGAAGUCUUGCCGUUGUACUCGAUAACAUCGACAGUCGACUUUCUCGAAAGAUCCAAGGAGUCUGGCUGGAUGACGUAUGCUGCGGUUCCAUCUGGCCCUCGUUCCCGGGGCAAUUCGCAUAUCACUUUGGACCGACUGGAGUCCUAUGACCCCUUGUCGACUCAGCCGACCAUACUCGUCGUCGGCAGCGAGGGAGAAGGUCUCAACCGACAGGUCAGGCGGAUUGUGGACUUUGAGGUUUCGAUACCCAGUUAUUCUGGGUUGCUGAGUGUCGUUGACAGCUUGAAUGUUAGUGUCGCGACGGGUAUUCUUUGCUCUGCAUUCUUGAAGAAGUCGCAAAAUUUCGAGAUAGACGAAUCGGCAGACAAGCAAGAGGAGGGCAACCAGUUGUGGUAA